UUAAGAAACAUUGAAGUUAGGCUGUUAAUAUUUAAUUAAAUAACUGAUUCUGCACAAAACUAUUGUGCAAAAUUAUAAAAUUAUGUGUAUUGUAGUAGGUUAAAAAUGCAGUUUGAAAUUAAUAUUUUAUUAAUAUGCAAAUAAUAAAAAUCUAUUUGUUGACAGGACUGCCACAUUCACAACGUUACCAUGAACUACUGAGACGUCGUUUGGGGUUGCCAGUGUGGGAAUAUAAGAACGAUUUCAUGAGACUGUUGAAUACACAUCAAUGUGUGGUGUUAGUGGGUGAGACUGGGUCUGGAAAGACCACGCAGAUACCGCAGUGGUCUGUAGAGUUUGCCUCCGUGACUGCGGGCAAGUCUAAAGGAGUGGCGUGCACACAGCCCAGGAGGGUGGCCGCCAUGUCCGUGGCGCAGAGAGUUGCUGAAGAAAUGGACGUCGCCCUAGGUCAACAAGUCGGAUACAGCAUUCGUUUCGAAGAUUGUUCAGGUCCACAAACAGUUCUUAAGUACAUGACAGAUGGUAUGUUGCUUAGGGAAGCAAUGUCAGAUCCCAUGUUAGAACAAUACAGGGUGAUACUCCUUGAUGAGGCUCACGAGAGAACCCUUGCUACGGAUAUACUCAUGGGAGUGCUGAAGGAAGUUAUCAAGCAACGUGCCGACUUGAAGUUAGUUAUUAUGUCAGCCACAUUAGACGCUGGCAAGUUCCAACAGUAUUUCGAUAACGCUCCAUUGAUGAAUGUACCGGGUAGAACUCAUCCGGUGGAAAUAUUUUAUACACCGAAACCUGAGAGGGAUUAUCUGGAAGCAGCUAUACGUACAGUGGUGCAGAUACACAUCUGCGAAGAGAUAUCUGGUGAUAUAUUGUUGUUUUUGACGGGUCAGGAAGAGAUAGAGGAUGCUUGUAAAAGGAUAAAGAGGGAGAUAGACAAUUUGGGUCCAGACGCUGGCGAGUUGAAGUGUAUACCGCUAUAUUCUACUCUACCACCAAAUUUACAACAGAGGAUAUUCGAGCCGGCGCCCCCCAACCGCGCUAACGGCGCGAUCGGUCGCAAGGUGGUGGUGUCCACCAACAUCGCGGAGACGUCGCUCACCAUCGACGGCGUCGUGUUCGUCAUCGACCCGGGCUUCGCCAAGCAGAAGGUGUACAACCCGAGGAUCAGGGUCGAGUCGCUGCUCGUCUCGCCCAUCAGUAAGGCGUCGGCGCAGCAGCGCGCGGGCCGCGCGGGCCGCACGCGCCCCGGCAAGUGCUUCCGUCUGUACACGGAGAAGGCGUACAAGAACGAGAUGCAGGACAACACCUACCCGGAGAUACUCAGAUCAAACUUAGGAUCUGUAGUUUUGCAGUUGAAAAAGCUGGGCAUUGACGACCUCGUGCACUUCGACUUCAUGGACCCGCCCGCGCCGGAGACUCUCAUGCGGGCUCUGGAACUGCUCAACUAUCUCGCGGCACUCGACGACGACGGUAACCUGACGGACCUGGGCGCGGUGAUGGCGGAGUUCCCGCUGGACCCGCAGCUCGCCAAGAUGCUGAUCGCCAGCUGCAACCACAACUGCUCCAACGAGAUACUGUCCAUCACCGCCAUGCUGUCAGUGCCGCAGUGCUUCGUACGGCCCAACGAGGCGCGCAAGGCGGCCGACGAGGCCAAGAUGAGGUUCGCGCACAUCGACGGGGACCACCUCACGCUGCUCAACGUGUACCACGCAUUCAAACAGAACACCGAGGACCCUCACUGGUGUUACGACAACUUCAUCAACUACAGAUCGCUCAAGUCCGGAGACAACGUCAGGCAACAGCUCAGCCGCAUCAUGGACAGGUUUAAUUUAAAGAGGACAAGUACAGAGUUCACGAGUAAAGACUAUUAUAUUAACAUUAGGAAGGCGCUAGUCAAUGGAUUCUUUAUGCAGGUGGCGCACCUGGAGCGCACCGGGCACUACCUGACGGUGAAGGACAACCAGGUGGUGCAGCUGCACCCCUCCACCUGCCUCGACCACAAGCCCGACUGGGUGCUCUACAACGAGUUCGUGCUCACCACCAAGAACUACAUACGAACAGUCACCGACAUCAAGCCGGAAUGGCUCCUCAAAAUAGCACCACAGUACUAUGAACUGAACAACUUCCCAGCGUGCGAAGCCCGGAGACAGCUCGAGCUGCUACAAGCGCGGCUCGACUCCAAAGUGUAUCAAGACGGUUUCUAGAUUAGUGUGUGUACGUACAAUGAAGUACGGAGCUGACGAACUGUGUGUGUGUUGUGGUGACAUGGAGUUUUAUAUGAGAAGUGAUCGUUUAGUGAAGUUUUAGCAGAAGUUUCUAUAAGAAGAAAUUGUGGAUGUGAUUUUAGAUUAACAAUUCAUUGUGAGAACAUUGAGAAGUUUGAUGUAUCGAGGUGACUGUACACUUUAUUGUAAACUGUAAAAGACUAGAGCGAAGGUGUGAUGAAGAAUUUUAAUUCUUGUUACUGAUACUGUUAAGAUUCAUAUUUGAUUGUUACUAGGGAAUCGAGCAGAGCAUAAAUCAAAUAUGAGUCUUACGAUGAUUAUUAUUUUGUUUUGAUGUAUAUUUCUUGUCGCUUAUUACAUAUUUGGGAAUGAGAAGGGUUACAGCAGUCAAUGUCUCACUCUUGUGACAUAUAAUAUGCAAUAGAGAGAACUAUGCAAGAUUAUUAAAAAUGUUCAUAAGAAAAGUAUUUAUAAUUUUCUUUUAUAAUUAUUGAUUGCUACUUGAUGUAGUUAUAAACAUAAUUUUGUAAAAUAACGAGAGCAAUAGUUUUGAAGUCGUCUGAUAUGUAAUAAUCUCAAUUCAUUAAUGUUAUAAACAUGGGCAUCAAAUAGUUUUAAAAAACUUUGCCCUAUAAAAACUGUAAACAACUAUAGGAAGACAACAAAUAUAUAUUUAGAGCGAAUACAGCCUAUUCAUUUACCUGUCGAGUAAAGUUUCCUGUGUAUAAAGUUUCCUGAGCAGAGAUGAUGGAUUAUAACACAACAUAUGGGUCCAUUAAAGAUGGGUGGUUUUUAAUGACCAUAGAUGCAGUGGAAUGUUUGUAUUGAUAUUGAAGUUUCGAAC